AUGGACGAGCUCAUGAAGAGGUUCGACGGGUUUGUAGCCGUGAUGACGAAGAUGCUCGACAAGCUUUCGGGCCUCGAGGAGUGGCGCUCAACCGCGGACGUGACGAUGGCCAAGCUGCUGUCCUCGACUACCAACACAGCGCCGCCUCCACACCAUUCGGAGCAAGUGCCGUCCUCCUCCUCGCGACCACCUCUGCAGCCCGUUCGCCCGAUGACAGCACCGCCGCACCCGUCCGCGCACAACUUCAACCCAUUCGACCUCAAUUUGGCUCCACCCCAAGACAUGCACCCAUCUGCAUCGUCUUCGGAGCGGCCCAGCGGGCACCACGUCGACCACCACCACCGGGAUGAAUCGGAGUUGGAGCUCAGCAAGAAGAAGUUUCCAUCCAAGAAUGAUAAUGGCUGUUCUGUCAAAUCUCUUAUUAAGUCUGGGUAUUCAUCUGACAAAGGGAAGCAGAAAAGUGACACCAAGUCAUCUGAAGAUUCCAAACCCAAUGAUAAGCUGGAUCUUCUUAAAGCUUAUCGUAGAGAUAAGGGACAGUCGGAUACCAUUGCAGUUGUGUCUGAACCAGUUCCAUCUGAUGUUGUUCCUCCUAAGAUUCAGACAGUGUUGGACACCUUUCCUCAUGUGUUCAAGGACACUACUGCUCUACCACCACAGCGUGGGAUGUGCCGCGCGGUCCGGCCGGCUACAGGGACCGGCGCUCCCACGGCAACUGCCUACUGCAGGGUGCGGCGCGCGGUCGGGCCCGCUGACGGGCGCGACGCUGGGGAACGACGCUUCCCGCAGCAGCGCCCCGCUCUGCGGGGAGCGAAGCGUAACAGGGUGGCUGGGCCCGCGGUGCACAGCAGGGCAGCCGGGUUCGGGGUUGGGGCCAGCGCAGAUCUGAAGAGAGAGACAGGAUCACCUCGCCGCCGGCGCAGGGUCACCUCCGUCACGACUGGAUCUGGCGCCGGGGAGGGGAGCGAGGAGGGCGCGGCUGGAGGUGGAGACAGAGGCCGGGUGAGGUGUUUGGGGGGAGUGCUACGGCUGGGGUCAGCGGUCGCCCGCGGCGACAGCACUCUCAGCCAGGCUAAGCACGCCGCCGCCAGGUUCGCCCUCGCCCGCCUCUCCCUCCGCGAGUAG